AUGGAAACAAAAUUAUGGGGUGGUCGUUUUACAGGACCUACGGAUCCUCUAAUGGAUGCUUUUAAUGCUUCCAUACAUUUUGAUAAGCGUUUAUUUGAAGCUGAUAUUCUUGGAUCACAAGCUUAUGCUAAAGCUUUAACUAAACGUAAUAUAAUUACAUCGAAUGAAUGCGAACAACUCAUCGAUGGGCUUAAUAAG